ACCUAUAAAACUCCAGGAAGUGUUUGUGUUCAAAUCCCUUAGGUGGGGUACAGUAGAGUUUGGUUUCCAUAAUUUCCCUUUUAUGAAGAGAAACAAAUGAGGUUUAUUGUAUUUCUUCCGUAUUCCUGAUAUGACCAAAUAAAUAUUCAGUGGGAAACGUACUAGAUUAAAAUAUAGAAAGGAUAGCAGCAGUAGAAAAAAACUAAAAUGCAAGAUGGGGGAAGCCUGCCGAGAGACGGACGAAGAGGAGCAUAGAGGAACGCCAUUUAUCUCGCUGGGAAUGCAGAACUUAAAUGAGGAGCGAUGUAUUUUUCUGCAAGCUCUUGGAGAGCCAAUGGCCGCCUCGAGUUACCGACACACUCAGUGUCAAAUCCCUUUUCGAACGAUAAAACUACAUAUGGUGAAAUAAAGUCAUAUCACAUUAUAACAGAUUGCCAGUCUUUUGGUUAUUUCUGAAAACAAGCGACAUUCAAAUGCAGAAACUGAUUGCAUGGAAAUAUUACAGUACGUACACAUGAACAAACACGCCUGCUAAUGUGAAGGGAUUGUGGUGCGCAAACAAUGCGCAUGCGCACACGUAUUCCGACGCUUUCCAUUUCAAAGCAUAUUUUUCUGUGAAGCAGACCCGCGCUAGGCAGCGGUCGGCUGUAGAAAUGCCAUCUACCACUCAGUGGACUGGCUUUCAAAACGCAAAUAUGAGAACGCGACGAAACUACAAACCAGCACUACUAAGAACCGUAAACUUUGAUAAACCAUGCCCGAGCUAUUUAUAAAGCGCCUAUAAGCCCCGUACUGCGCUGAGGAUUCGCGCAAGCGCUUGCCAAUCCCCCUACGUCACUUCCGUUGCGCGGGGGCGGGGGGGGGGGGUGGUUGGCAGCGUACACUUUACUGUAAACUGCGGGAAACGAAAUGACGAAGCUGUAUACGUACAUACCGCCGAUUGACUAACCAGGUUUUUUUACUCCAGUGUCAUCAUUUCAUUAACUUGUGCCCUACUGUUGUAGUCCGGUUAGGGACAGAAGGACGAAGCUGGGUACGUGUAUUUCUGUUACUCAUGCAAUAAACAGUCCGUUAUUCGGGCUUCGCCGUAUCAUUAAUUUGUGUUGCACUGUUUAUAGUGAUGUCAGGAUUUGAAGGACGAAGCGGACUGUCUAACCAAUACUGGACUUUCUAAAAGGAUAUGUGCUUCUGGAGGGCGACGUGAUUACGGAGAUGUCAGAGAGCGAUAGUGCUGGUGGGCAGCUGGUGGUGAAGGCCCGCUUCAACUUCAGACAGAACAAUGAGGAUGAGCUCUCCUUCAGCAAGGGGGAGCUAAUCACGGUCACGCGGCAGGAGGAGGGCGGCUGGUGGGAAGGCACGCUCGAGGGCCGCACCGGGUGGUUCCCCAGUAACUAUGUGCGCGAGGUGAAGCCCUCAGAAAAGCCACUCUCUCCCAAAUCGGUGAAGGGGUUCGACACGCCCCAGCUAACCAAGAGCUACUACAGCGUGGUUGUGCAGGACAUCUUGGAACACGAGCGAGACUUCCUUAGAGAGCUGCAGUCCUUGUUGUGCUGCUACCUUCGCCCCCUGCAGGCCAGCGAUAAGUUGUCCAGUGCAGAUGUCAGCCACCUGAUGGGGAACCUGGAAGAUAUUUUUACUUUCCAGCAAGGACUGUGUGCGGUUAUGGAGGAAUGUACCAAGAUGCCGGAAGGCCAGCAGCACCUGGGUGGAUGUUACCUUAACCUGCUGAACCAGAUCCGGACGCUACACCUGUGCUACUGCUCCACCCAUCCCUCUGCUGUGUGUGUGCUCACCGAACAUGGGGAGUUGCUGGACGCCUUCAUGGAGAGUCACGGGGCUGCUGGCUCGGGCGUACUCACUUUGACCACUGGCCUCAGCAAGCCCUUUCUGCGGCUGGAGAAGUACCCCACCCUACUGCAGGAGCUGGAGCGGCAUGUCGAGGAAGCCCAUCCAGACUCCGGGGACAUUUUAAAGGCAGCGACGGCCUUUCAGGGCCUGGUGACGCAGUGCCACGAGCUGCGCAGACGCAAGGCACUGGAGCUGCAGAUACUGUCGGAGCCGCUGCGAGGCUGGGAGGGCGAGAACAUCCGUUCGCUGGGUCACGUGAUUCACACGGGUCACGUGCAGCUACAGAGCGGGCCGGGCCAGGACAAGGAGGAACGCUAUGUCAUGCUUUUUCCCAGCAUGCUCCUUGUGCUGUCCGCCAGCCCUCGCAUGAGUGGCUUCAUCUAUCAGGGACGUUUUCCUCUUGCUGGGACAGCUGUGGCCAAGCGCGUGGAAGGCAGUGACAGUGGACAGUCUGCCUUCGAGAUCGCAGGGGGUGUGAUUGAGCGCGUUAUAGUGUUCUGUGCCAACCAGCAGGACCUUCAGGAGUGGCUGGACCAUCUACAUGCCUUGACCAAAGGGGGCAGCCCAGGCAGCACCGUCAGCAAGAACGCAGAAGGGAAGGCGGCCGCUGGUGUCGGUACUCUGGCCCACCAGAGCCAUGGCACGCCCACCUCCGGCCGUGCUCUGCUGGAGCCGCCUAAGAUCAGCAAGCCCUGGUCCCUGAGCUGCCUGCGCCCCGCCCCUCCCCUCAAGCCCUCCGCUGCACUGGGCUACAAGGAGGACUCCAGCAAGAGCCCCCGACCAAUAAAGAAAUUCCUCCCCAAAAGGAAGACUGAAAGAAAGCCAUCUGAUGAUGAGGUCCUGAUGAGGAAGAGUACCGCAGCUCUGGAAGAAGAUGCGCAGAUUCUGAAGGUGAUUGAGGCCUACUGCACAGGGGUCAGCCUGCACCAGGCCACCACCGGUGAGGACGACCUCCACUUUGAGGGCGAUCUGCCCCUGUCUGCUGGGGUUGGUGUCUUUCCAUCUGAGGGUGACACGGAUGCCAUUCUGGCUCUGAUUGCAGCAGCCAGGAAGGACUGUGCUCCUCAGGUUCUCUUGCCUGAAGAAGAGAAGAUCAUAGUAGAGGAGGUGAAGAGCAACGGUCAGAUGGUCAUAGAGGAAAAGAGUCUCGUCGAUGCUGUGUACGCGUUAAAGGAUGAAGUGCUAGAACUGAGAAAGGAGAACAGGCAGAUGAAGCAGUACUUAGAGGAGGAGCAGCGCUCACGGAAGGAGCUGGAGCGCGUCGUGCGGAGGUUGGCCAAGCAGAAGAACGACUGCGUUCGGGACGAAGGCACUCAUUAAGGCUCUCGAUCAAGUCGCCCAGCAGCCCUCCUCGGACUCCUCGCGUGUAUACGCACGGCACUUUUCAGCGUGGAAAUCCCUUUUGAUGAGCGUUAAAAGGACCAACGCACAGGAAUGUAUAAGCAGUCACAGCACGUGAAAUGAUGGUAGCUGGCAGUAUGGCAACUGGGUGACCCCGGCGGAAGCCACCAUGAAUCCCUAUUAUGUCUUCCUGUAGAAAUAAACGUGGGGGCAGGGGGGGUCACGGGGGACAGUGCCUGCGCAGGCAGCUGACAGGUUAUCAUACUGUGUUAGGACCGGACGAAAAAUAUGCCCGUCACAAAAUGAAGCGUGAGUGUUCUGGGCCUGCAUGUCUGUCCUGUAUCCUGUGUCCGUUAAACUGAUGAAACUACGAUUCCGUCGUGCCCCCGGGGGAGUGGACCCCAUUGGACAGGGUGCUUCUGCAGUGCACCUGCUUUCGUUUGAGACCAGUCUAGCAGGGCUUUCGUCUU